AUGUUUGGAGUUAUUUGCCCUGGAAGACAAGUUGAAAUUGCUCAACAAAUUGAACAAUUCCAGUAUCUUGUUAAAAUUGAAAAGUCUUCAAAAAUAUCUCAUAUAACAUUAUUUAUUUUGCCAGAUAUCCAAUUUGAUCCUAAUUACUCUGCUUUGAUUUAUUUUAAUUUGGAUCAUAAUAAUAUCAAUUCCACCAAUAGCAUAAUUGCUAAUUCUCCUAAUGGUAAUUUUACAUUAUUUGGAAGUUUAUCAUUAGAGAAACCUUCUGCGAUUUUCAAGAUCAAUUCCAAUGCAAAUAAACAAAUUCAAAAUCAAAAUAGUUUGACUCAAAUUGAUGAUGUAGACAUGGAUUUGGAUAAUUCAACUUCAAAUGUUAAUUUAAGCUCAAAUUUUAGUAAUAUCAAUAAUAUUGGAAUUAUUGAUAAUUCGUAUAUAAUAAUUGGAAUUUCAAUUUCACCAAAUUCCGAAGCUAUGAAUUUAUUGCAACAGAUGAAAAACUCGCAAUUAAAUCAACCCAAAUUGUUAAAUGACUCAAAUCAAAUUUCAAAACCAAAUUUGAAUAAUGAGGAGAUUGAAUAUUUAUCUAACAAAAUUAUAUCAAAUUGUUACAAUUAUCUAAGUGGGUUUGUUGACAAUAAUGGGAAAGUUUCAAUAAUGAAAUUUAACAAUUGGUGGGAUAAUUUUAAAAACAAGUUAAAAAACAAUCCAAAUUUUUUAACUAAACCAAGUGAUUGA